UGUAAGAAAAGUGCAGUGUAUACUAGUGUUUUGUGGUGGAGAUUUAUCUAGUGUAAAGAUUUAGAGUGAUAAAUAAUGGCUCGUACAAAACAAACAGCCCGUAAGUCGACUGGUGGUAAGGCACCUCGUAAACAAUUGGCGACCAAAGCUGCUCGCAAGAGUGCUCCAGCAACUGGUGGUGUUAAAAAGCCACAUCGCUAUCGUCCCGGUACAGUGGCAUUGCGGGAAAUUCGUCGUUACCAAAAGAGUACUGAAUUAUUGAUCCGCAAAUUGCCAUUCCAACGAUUAGUUCGUGAAAUCGCACAGGAUUUUAAAACGGAUUUACGUUUCCAAAGUUCUGCAGUUAUGGCUCUACAAGAAGCUAGUGAGGCAUAUUUGGUUGGUUUGUUUGAGGGUACUAAUUUGUGUGCCAUCCAUGCAAAACGUGUUACAAUUAUGCCAAAAUAUAUUCAAUUAGCCGUGCAUAAUUGA